UCCUCGAUCCACAGCGCUGACAGCAAUGCCUGCAACACACAUCCAGGGCAGCAAGAGCGCUUUUGCAUGCAAGUACCAGACCUGUUCUCCUUAAAAACAACCUAGAAUAGCUGCAAGCAAAUGUCUCAACAGGAUUUUGUUAUGUUCGCGGCUGCAGCGAGUGUUCGUUUUUGAGCUGCUCUCGGUGGAACGCAGGGAUUUCACACAGCCGGAAUCCUGCCCGGUCCCGCCCCGCCGCUAUGGCGGCUCGUUCUCUCGGGAGGAUGCUCGGGAUGCGCCGCCUGCUCCUCCCGCUGCGCUCCGCGCCGAGCGCCGGCUGCGCCCGCGCCGCGCACGGGGACACAGACACAGACCCCCUCACUAAACAAGCUGAAGCAGCUGCUGCUACAGACUGGAAAAAAAAAUUGACUCCGGAGCAAUUCUAUGUUACACAAGAAAAAGGAACUGAACUGCCAUUCAGUGGGAUCUAUCUGAAUAACACAGAACCAGGAAUAUACUGCUGUGUGUGCUGCAAUGCCCCCCUCUUCAGCUCAGAGAAGAAGUAUGAUUCUGGGACUGGAUGGCCAUCUUUUUCUGAGGCUUAUGGUACUCGUGGCAGAGAUGAAAGUAAUACCAAUAUUGUGAGACGGCCAGAUAACUCACUGGGGUCAAGAAGAACUGAAGUUGUCUGCAAACAGUGUGAUGCCCAUCUAGGCCAUGUGUUUGAUGAUGGACCCACACCUUCUGGGCAGAGGUUCUGUAUCAACAGCAUUUCAUUACACUUCAAACCAGGCUCUGGUCAGUGAGAAGUGACUCCCUCUGGCUUGCAGAACAUUCUUUCUCUGCUCCUACAGCAUGCUUGUAGAAAACUCUCAUGCUUUUAACAUAGAACUCAAAUUUUAGUAUUUAUGCUGUAGUAGCUUUGUUUUCCAGCUGUUAUCAUUGUUGAUAAAAUACAUAUUUUUGUUUUAACUCUUUGGCAGUCUGUCUUUUCAUGGUUAGUGUGGUGUGUUCAUCUGGAUCUGCUUAUUGUAUAUUUUAAUUUUAAAAAAAUCUGUGCAAUAGUUCACAUUUGCAGCUAUCAUCAUUAAUUGUAUUGAGGCUGCUGAAAUGAGGUGCUCUCCUGAACCUGACUGCUUAUUCUGAGCAGUAGUUGUGGCACUCAGGAACACAGCUGUACAUGGCUGAUCUUGGCAAACUUAUACUUCUAUAAAAUCAUCAUAUCCUUCUAAAGGGAAGCAAAAAUAACAUGAAUCUUCAAAUAAGAUUCAAAUAAGGUCGGAGGGUUUUUUUCCCCCUGAUGUGAGAGACCCUUAGCUGAGCCAAGUGACUUUGCUGUGAACCCAUAAAAGCAAAGUCCUGAAGGAGGACCUAAUUAAAACUGUUUUAGGCAAUGGAACCAGUGGAGACAUUAAGUCUUUCUUCUUUUAAAUCAAUUAUUUUGAUUCUGUAUCCAAUAGCAGAGUAGAAAUAGGGUUUGCUCCAGAAACUUCUCUUACAGCAAUUAUAUGACAAUAAUGUAAUGAUAUGUAUAAUAUUUUCAGAUUUCUGUUAUCACUUGUGUAUUUCAGAAUCCAAAAAUAAAAAUCAAUAUGGAG